AUGAAUCGUGGUCUAAAAUUUAAGCGAUUACGUCAACUUCUGGAAAAAUGUUCGGAAAGCGUUAUGUACUACGAUGAAAUUAAUUUUGUUGUAAAAAAGAUUCAACAGAUUGAAUCAUUGUUGACAGCAUUUCAAUUUCAUCCUAUUCAAGUUUUCAAUAAGAGAAAACAUGUAGUGGAUCUGAUAGCUAAAAGCUAUCUUGAUAAAGCGGCUGAUGAUGUGCAACAUCUGCUUCCAGUUGAUGUCCCUGGUGAUGGAAAUUGUUUAUAUUAUUCUAUUCUUGUUUUGAUGAAUAAUUCAUCAAUAACAACAGAUGAAUUGCGAGUUCGAACAAUUAUUGAACUUACGGUAAAUGAAAACUAUUAUCAGACUAUGAAUGCACAGCACGUCGGACCUAUCGACAUUGCUAUCCAGUCUAUUUGUAAAGAUCAUACAUUUUCUGAAUUAUAUGAAAUAGCCGCAUUAUGCAACGUGCUUCAAUGUAAUAUACGAAGUGUUUACCCAAAAAUUGAUUUUCAACACUUUAUGGCCUCGUGGGAUAGUAUCUUUACACCUCUUCCAUCUGUUAUCGCUAAUUACAGUAUUGCAGUUUUGUGGUCACAUGGCCUGAAUGAAAAUGAUGUUCGAGCGAUGAGUAAUAGCACAUGUAGUCCAAAUCAUUUUGUUCCACUUCUAUCACCGAAUAACCAAAAUGAAUCUGACGAUUACAAUAAUUCAACAUCAUUUAAUAUAACUCCUCAAAAGAAUACAUUUAAGAAUAGCACUGCAGUUCAAAUAAGAAUACCUGAAUUUCAAUCUUCUCCCAAUAGACGACUAAGAACUGAUGACACCAUCGAGAAUGGUCCCACUGAACUAAUUGUAUCGGGCUCGAUACAAAAUGGAAAAAAUGAUAAAGAAAAACAGCGUCAGAUUCAACUUGAGAAGAAAAGACAAGACAGCCGAUCCAGGCGUAUGAGAGAAACGGAACAACAAACUCAGGAUCGACUUGAGAAGGAUAGAGAACGACAUCAAUUGAUUCGUACGAAUGAACCUGAAGAACAACAUCAGACACGACUUGAACAACAAAGAAAAUUAAGCAAAAAUAAUAGACUUAAAAAAAAAAUUGAAAAACAAUUAAAUGAAAACAUUGAUAUGGAUCAAAAUAAUAUUGGGACGCAGUUUUCCAUUAACCAGUCUUGGCCUCAACCAAUUGCUCGUGAGUUGAAAGAAGCCUGUUUACAACAGUUUUUAGAACAAAUGUCCAUGUCGGUACUGGCUGAAGUCACUUGCGCAGUUUGCAAUAUCCGUUCUCCAAAAAAAGACUCGAAAACGAUACCAGUUCGACAAAUUCCAAAUAUUCAUCUACUUAAAGUUUCUGACGAGCUCAAAGAUUUUAUUAAACAUUUGAACAAAGACACUCAAAUCUCCGUCGACAAUAGUACAGAAACGACAGAACGGACUGAAAAUCCUUUAACAUUUAAUUCGUCAUCGUUUUAUUGUGAAAACGAUGUUAUUUUAUACAAAAGCGGUUUAUUUCAACAGAAUAAAGUGGACAUGUGCAGACUUUGUCAAAAAUGCCAUAGUGCUCUUUUCAAGAAAUCUAUUCCUAAGUUUUCAACUGCCAAUAAUAUGUGGUUAGGUGACAUACCUAUUGAAUUACAAGGAUUGACAAUUCCAGAACAGAAAUUAAUAUCACUUUAUCGACAUAACAGUUGCAUAAUAAAACUGCACUCGCCUUUUCACUCAGCUACUACUGCUCAGCCAGCAUUGAAUGGAAAUUGCAUUACUUUUCUUCAAAAUGUACCAAAUAUUGUCGAUAGUUUACCACUCGCACUUGAUAAUCUGUGUGAUACAUUGAAAGUGAUAUUUAUUGGAGCUCGACCUCCCGAUCGUAUUCAACUAAGGAAAGUUCUCACAGUGCGUAAGAAAAAGAUUAUUGAAGCAUUGCGAUGGUUAAAAAAACAUAAUAUACUUUAUCAAAAAGUUAAUAUAAAUCUUCAAAAUAUUAAUCAAUUACCAGAAGACGAUGUGCCAGAAUGUAUUAUGUCAACAUUAGAGCAAAAAGUAGGCGAUAAAGAAAUUCCCUCUGAAAGAGCUGGUUAUGUUCCAGAUCCAUUAUCCAAUCCAAUAGACUUCACUGCUACAGACAGUAUUCCUAUUAGUAACAGUGGUGUUCUCGAUAUAAAUGGCACAUCAGUUUCUUCCGAAGAAAUUUCAACCUGCGUUUUAAACAGGAUUAAGAAUAACGGACGUGAUGAUGAGAUAAAUACCGAAAAUGUUUAUCUAAUUCCUCAUUCUUCAAGACCUGUCAACGAAUAUUUCAAUCCGAAAUUAUUAGCAGGUCUGUAUCCCACUUUAUUCUGUUAUGGACUUGGCGCACCUGAAGAUCAAUCACGCCCGGUUAUAGUGAAUCUGAGAGAGCACAUUCGAUAUCUAUUAUCUUAUAAUGAUCGUCGUUUCGAAACAAACCAUAGUUUUAUAUUUAUAGUUUUUAAUCUAUUGCAACGCCGUGAUGCCUGUUUUCAUGCUCAAUUGAUCGCAACAAAACCUUACUUUCGAACAUCCGCUGAUGAAAUUCAAUCAUUGAGUAGCAAAGAUAUUGAAGUAGCUCUCGAAAACAGUUUGAAACGGAUAUAUAGCACUGGAUCAAACAAAACAUUGAACAAACUUCUGCAACAUAUUAAAACUAUUGGGGGUCGAAUUAUGGGUUCCGCGUAUUCACGAAUGGCUUUACGUACACAAAUUCAUGCGCUAAUAUAUAAUCAAGGACUACCUAGCAUAUUUCUUACUAUAAAUCCCGCUGAUAUUCACAGUCCAAUAGCACUGUAUUUUGCAGGUGUUAAAAUUGAUUUAGAUAAUAUACAAAAAAGAACAACUUAUGGACGCUUACAAAAGAGCUGA